CAAAUGCCUGAACCUUCCUGACAAAUGCCUGCAGUAGGGCAGAAUCAAUCCAGUGAGUCUCACUGGUCAUCUCUCUGUCCUGAAGUCUUCCAGAUGAGCAUACACACAACAGACCAAGAUAGCCAGGGUAGAAAGGCCAGAGGAAGGACUUGGGGGCUUGUCAUAGAUGCUUCAUCAGCCAGGAAUUUAAAGAUCGAUGGACUGGAGGAGAAGCUGGCACGUUGCAGACAGAGCAUGGAGGAGGUGGAUCGGAAACUGCGCAGGGAGCAACUCAGCCCUGAAGGAAGAAAGUCACUGGAGAGAGAGAGAAACUUACUAAUGACCAAAGCUGACAACUAUGAGAAAGAGCUUCGUGUGCUUCGAAAGGAAAACCGAAAGAAUGCUGCCCUUGCUGUGGCCAUGGGGUUGCUGAUUGCUCUUAUUUACACCUGCUGGACAAUGUGAUUGCACUCAAGAAUUCUCUCUGCUGACCAAAUGACUCUGCUGCAAGCGAGGAGCUCUUCCUCUUCUCUCCACUGUGCCUCCCUCAAGGAUGAGGAUCAGCAUUUCACAUGUGUUUGUCCUCUCCAAGCCUCGUUGUAGGAAAGAUUUUUUUCCUUUGAGAACUGAGUGGGACAGGAGACAAACCAGAACUCACAGCACACUUGCAGUUGGAAAUGAGGUCAGGCAGAGCUCAAGGUGGUGCUCUCCUACUCAGAACCUGCUCAAGACCACCCAGCCUGCUGCAGGAAGGCAAUACCUUCUGCCUCAUCAGGAGGAAACAAGGACGGCCCCACGCUCUCUGCCCAGCCCAGUCAGAAUACUUACCCUCUUCUUGGUUCCUGGGACUCGGCCAUAAGCUGAAGGGACACUAAGCUCUUUGAAUCAAAUAACAACUUGGGUAUUGUGACCUAAAAGCUCCAUGGGUUCCCAGAGCUGAGCUAAAUAAAAAUGUUUCCUCCUCCCCACUGAUUUACAGGACCAAAGGAACUCUGCUCCCCAAAACUAGAGGGGAGGUAGGUAUCUCUUUUCUGCAUGCAAGUAGCAUCCAACUUUGGCUCUGGGUGCUUGGGCUUUGAGAUCUACAUACCCCUCAGGUGCAGCAGAGCUUGGUAGCCAUUUUGCGCCUCUGAGUCACCACUUGCAAAAGACAACUUACUCUCAACUCCCUGGGCUGGAAGUGCUUCUGCAGGGCUUUCAAUAAAAUAAAUAGACCUUGUACCUUC